GACCCUAAAGCUGACCUGGCCUACGAGCGCCAGUACGAGCAGCAGACCUACCACGUCAUCCCUGAGGUGAUCAAGAACUUCCUGCAGUACUUCCACAAGACUAUCUCGGACCUCAUCGACCAGAAGGUGUACGAGCUGCAGGCCAACCGUGUGUCGAGCGAGAGCAUUGAGCAGAAGAUCUACGAAAUCCAAGAUGUCUAUGAGAACAGGUACACAGUCUUUUCUCUAGUUAUCUUAACAUUAAAACACUAGGGCUGUCCCCGACAAGAAAAAUAUUCGAUUGGUCAACAUUUUAAAAUGUGUGUUUUUCCAUAUAUAGACACACCCGAUGUGUUUUAAUAAAAUCAUCUAUAUAUGCAUUCUGAUGCUUUAAGGGCACUGUUUGAUAAAAUAAGACACAAAUGACUCGAGGGAGCCAGUGAUCAAGAUAACCAGAAGAAAGAAACCUUAACCUGUUCCGACCAUUCUCCUCCCGUUCCUACUGGCUUUCUCAGAUUGCUGGUAAUAGGCUACACGAGGAGUUGGCAACCUUUCUCAUGUGGAAUGCCAAUGUAUCUUACCAUUUCUACCGAUCUGUGUGGCAGUUAUGGUUUUCAUAUGCACAUUUUUGUGGAACAGUUUCAUUUAAUUUAUAAUUACGGCUUCGUAUCUCAAAGUCAUUUUCAUGUGGUUAAUCAAAAUUCUAUCUAAAUGAAAAUGAUACAAACCUAAAAAAGUAACUUCUAUAGCCAUUGCCAACUAUGUAAAAAUAGCCUAUAAAGCCUACAAAUAAAAACAUUGCAGCCUGCAGGUAGAAAAUAUAAUGAUAAAAAAUAAAUAUCUUACAAAUCAUAUUGGCUAUGCAUGGUCUGUCUGCAACAAACUUGAAACGUAUUAACUAUUAACUUGAGUCUGUCGAAGCUUGCGCUAGCAACAUUGUAUAAAAUAUUCCAGCCCUUCAGUUUCCCACACCAAUGAGCUCGGGACAGACACAGCUGUAGUCUAUUUGCGCAAGGGUUAAGAAGUAAUCAGGCGCAUUACAUUUUUCCCUUUCAUGCUGGGUGGUUAUCGAAAGGGAGAUUUUUCAAAUACAUUGAGGAACUAUUGUCAUUCUCAAUGGAUGUAAAACAGACUUUGUUUGCUUGCUGUUUGAGGUUAACAAAACAUUACUUUGAGAAGCUCCACAGCUCAUUAGUGGUGGUGCGUUAAGCCAAUCAGAAAUGCUAUCAGUUCCCCAAAUGGGCACGUUUAUAUGCCUAUAUUGGCGCGCAGGCCAGUUAGCCUAUAGGCCUACUUCUAUGUGUAAUCAGGUCCUUACUCAACAUUGACAGGAGAGCUCAAAACAAAAGACAAUGACUAAAUUGACAACUCGUAAAUGGAAUGAAAUAAACAAAAACUUGUUUCUCACAAGUGUAGCAUAGGCUUUGCACUCUGCAAACAACGUGUCCACUCCGACAAUGAGAACUGUAAAAGACUGGAAUAAUAUGUUGAAUGCAUUAACAAAAAUGACCGUAACCAAACAAACAUUGUAGAUUAGAUAUUAUAGGAAUUAACAGUAAAUGUACUACUGGUGAUAUACAGUGCAUUCGGAAAGUAUUCAGACCCCUUGACUUUAUCCACAUUUCUUCCCCUCAUCAAUCUCCACACAAUACCCCAUAAUGACAAAGCAAAAACAGGUUUUUAGAAAUGUUUGCAAAUGUAUAAACAAUACUAAAACAUAUCUUUUUAACAUAAGAAUUCAGACCCUUUGCUAUGAGACUUGAAAUUGAGCUCAGUUGCAUCAUGUUUCCAUUUAUUAUCCUUGCGAUGUUUCUACAACUUGAUUGCAGUACACCUGUGGUAAAUUCAAUUGAUUGGACAUGAUUUGGAAAGGCACACACCUGUCUAUAUAAGAUCCCACAGUUGACAGUGCAUGUCAGAGCAAAAACCAAGCCAUGAGGUCGAAGGGAAUUGUCUGUAGAGCUCCGAGACAGGAUUGUGUUGAGGCUCAGCAUUGAAUGUCCCCAAGAACACCGUGGCCUCCACCAUUCUUAAAUGGAAGAAGUUUGGAACCAUCAAGACUCUUCCUAGAGCUGUAGGGCUAAGAUAAAGGAUUAUAGAAUAAAAAACCUGCCUAGGUUCUCUAUUGGAGUAGGCUUAUAUGAUCCUAAAAUAAUUGUCAUUAUCUUUUUACAUAAAAAAAAUUAUAAUCUCAAUAUUAAACAUUUUAAAGGACAUUGUUCUGAUACACACCGGCAAAUGGGUUGGGUAUUGUCAACAGGGUUGUUGUCUCUAGUGUGUGGCGGGCUGGUUAACACUAGGUUAAACUGAUUUAAAGGUAACAGUAGAGCCAACACAAUAACUGGCUUAUGGAAGCACUUCUCUAAGCGAGAAGUAUAUUAUAUAUUUCUAUAUUAGCUAUUUACGCAACCUUUUAUAUUCUUGAUCCUAAUGAUAUAGGCCUAGUUGUAAAACAGUCGAGGGAUAGAGCAACAAACCUGGAAUAAGAACAAAAUGUGUGUGGGUGGAGAGAGGGUUGGUUUUACAGGUUUACUUGCUUUGGAUUGUCAGUACUACAUGUCUUUGCUAUCGUGCCAUGGCUGUGGCAUGGUCGAUUGUAAGUUAAAUGUAUAUAUUCCUUUAUGGGUAGUGUGAUGCCUAAGACAAAUGUUUACUGCCAGUCAUUAGCGGCUGUUAGAAUCUCUUUUUUCUUCCUUCCUUUUUGUUGGAAUAAAACAGGAUAUAAUGAGGACUACAUGAAAUAUGUCUUGCAUGUAAUGGACAUAGAGAACUGGUCUUGUGAUAUUUAUAGGUAUUAUUCCCUUAAUGCGUUUGAAUUUUUUCUAACAAUUGGAUCCAAUGAACUGAGCAGGCUGGGCUGACAUGCUUAUAGCCUUUGCUUGGACUUUCUAAAUAUGAGCAUGAAUCUAUAAUAUUGUGCUGUUAUUAUUUCUAUUAAUAUGAUCUAUUAUUGUUAUAUUUUCUGACUGUUUUCCAUGUUAUUUGGUUAGUUCUCCUAAAAAGCACCCUCAUAGAUAUACAAUAGACCUAUGGGCUUUGACUGUGUGAGUGAAGGGUGGCAGUAUUGAAUGAUGUUGUUAUGGGAUUGCUCAUAUUUCCAUCUGGCGGCCAAGGGUUUACCUUAGAACGCAAAGGUGCGUCAUGAGUCAGGGAGAUGGUCUGAUGGUCUUAGUGACAACAGACCUACAGUGCAUUCGGAAAGUAUUCAGACACAUUUACUUUUUCCACAUUUUGUUACGUUACUGCCUUAUUCUAAAAUUGAUGAAAUUGUUCCCCCCCUCAUCAAUCUACCUACACACAAUACCCCAUAAUGACAAAGCAAAAACAGGUUUGUAGAAUUUUUUUAAUUCAUUCCAAAUGAACUGAUAUCACAUUCACAUAAGUAUUCAGACCCUUUACUCAGUACUUUGUUGAAGCACCUUUGGCAGCGAUUACAGCCUCAAGUCUUCUUGGGUGUGACACUACAAGCUUGGCACACCUGUAUUUGGGGAGUUUCUCCCAUUCUUCUCUUCAGAUCCUGUCAAGCUCUGUCAGGUUGGAUGGGGAGCGUCGCUGCACAGCUAUUUUCAGGUCUCUCCAGAGAUGUUCGAUUGGGUUCAAGUCCGGGCUCUGGCUGGGCCACUCAAGGACAUUCAAAGACUUGUCCCGAAGCCACUCCUGCGUUGUCUUGGCUGUGUGUUUAGGAUCAUUGUCCUGUUGGAAGGUGAACCUUCGCCCCAGUCUGAGGUCCUGAGCAGGUUUUGAUCAAGGAUCUCGCUGUACUUUGCUCCGUUCAUCUUUCCCUCGAUCCUGACUAGUCUCUCAGUCCCUGCCGCUGAAAAACAUCCCCACAGCAUGAUGCUGCCACCACCAUGCUUCACCGUAGGGAUGGUGCCAGGUUUCCUCCAGACGUGACGCUUGGCAUUCAGGCCAAAGAGUUCAAUCUUGGUUUCAUCAGACCAGAGAAUCUUGUUUCUCAUGGUCUGAGUCCUUUAGGUGCCUUUUGGCAAACUUCAAGCGAGUUGUAAUGUGCCCUUUACUGAGGAGUGGCUUCCACCUGGCCACUCUACCAUAAAGGCCUGAUUGGUGGUGCUGCAGAGAUGGUUGUCCUUCUGGAAAGUUCUCCCAUCUCCACAGAGGAACUCUGGAGCUCUGUCAGUCACCAUCAGGUUCUUGGUCACCUCCCUGACCAAUGCCCUUCUCCCCCGAUUGCUCAGUUUGGCUGGGCAGCCAGCUCUAGGAAGAGUCUUGGUGGUUCCAAACUUCUUCCAUUUAAGAAUGAUGGAGGCCACUGUGUUCUUGGGGACCUUCAAUGCUGCAGAAAUGUGUUGGUACCCGUCCCUAGAUAUAUGCCUUGACACAACCCUGUCUCGGAGCUCUACAGACAAUUCCUUCAACCUCAUGGCUUGGUUUUUGCUCUGACAUGCACUGUCAACUGUGUGACCUUAUAGACAGGUGUGUGCCUUUCCAAAUCAUGUCCAAUCAAUUGAAUUUACCACAGGUGGACUCCAAUUAAGUUGUAGAAACAUCUCAAGGAUGGUCAAUGGAAACAGGAUGCUCAAUUUUCGAGUCUCAUAGCAAAGUGUCUGAAUACUUAUGUAAAUAAGGUAUUUCUGUUUUUUAUUUUCAAUACGUUUGCAAAAAUUGCUAUGUCAUUAUGGGUUAUUGUGUGUAGAUUGAGGGAAAAAAAUAAAUGUAAUUCAUUUUAGAAUAAGGCUGUAACGUAACACAAUGUGGAAAAUAUCAACAGGUCUGAAUACUUUCCGAAUGCACUGUAUAUAUGGGGAGAGGUUUUAGUGGGUGGAAUAUUAGGACAAUUGGAGAUUUACACAGUUGCAGCUACAGUAUGCUUAACAUUGCAAAUAUUAUGGUACAGCUAUAUGGACACUUAAUCAUCAUGGUGCUUUUUAAUGUUAAGUUUACAAACAUUGGUUGUGGUAAGUAUAAUUGAAACUUGGGUAUCAUUAUUGUAAGCGGGGAAAUAAGUAUAGCCAGUUACAAUUGUAAAGGCUUAGCAGAUCAUAAAAAAUAUAAAAUUUUACUUGGCUAAAAGAGAUAUCUAUUGUUUACAGAUAACUCACUCUACAAAUAUAGAUGAGGUUGGAUGGGAAAGGACUGGGAGGGAGAAAUAUAUUUUUCUCAUAGGCAAAGAAACUCAAAAGGGGUGAUUAUGUUAAUUAUCAAAAAUGUUGAUCCAAUUAUUGAAACAGAUCCUCAAGGAAGAUAGAUCCUUUUAAAUAUGCUAUUGGAUCAAAAACAGAACUGGCUAAUUAAUCUAUAUGGGCCAAAUAAUAAUGAUCCACACUUGUAAAAAAAAAAAAAAAAAAAAAAAGAUAUAAUAAUCUAUUGCGCUCACUAGCAGCGACUGAAUCUGUUAUUAUGGUGGGAGAUUAUAAUACGGUUUUAAGUGCCACAAUGGAUCAUAAAGGAAAUCCCACUACAAAACUAUCACUCUCAUGCACUUAAGGAGAUCACAAAUAUCAUGGAUACAUUACAACUAGUAAUGUAUCCAUGAAAAAUCCUGACCUAGUGAGAUAUACAUGGAGGAUGCUUAAUCAAGCUAGCCGUCGCGAUUACUUCCUGGUCUCAUUCUUGCUGGCAUCAAAAGUUAAAGUAUUAUAAGGAGAUCAAAUAAGAUCGGUCCGCCAUCUAAUUGGCCUCCAUAUAACUCUUACAGAAUUUCCACGUAGACGGGAUAUUCGAAAUCUUGUCAAAGCCUACUGGAUGACAAUUUGUUCUUAACUAAGACAAAAUAAUUCAGAAUUCACUUUUUUCUGCACAACAUGGGUACAGCAGAUUCCCUUAUUGUAUGGGACACUUUUAAAUGUACUUUUAGAGGCAAUACAAUACUCAUAAUUAAAACAAAAGCUGUUUAGGUCAAAAGAGAAGAGAGAACUGUAAAUAUUUAUUUCUUAAUAAUGUAUAAUUAACAAAUGUACAGAAAAACCUGUGUGAAGGCCAACUUACAGUGGAGGAACUUUUUGAGGCAAUUAAAUAUUUUCAGUUUGGAAAAACACCAGGGCUUGAUGGUAUACCAGUAGAGGUACACUACCAGUCAAAAGUUUUAGAACAUCUACUCGUUCAAGGGUUUUUCUUUUAUUUUUUACUAUUUUCUACAUUGUAGAAUAAUAGUGAAGACAUCAAAACUAUGAAAUAACACAUAUGGAAUCAUGUAGUAACCAAAAAAGUGUUAAACAAAUGAGAAUAAAUUAUUCAAAUAGCCACCCUUUGCCUUGAUGACAGCUGUGCACACUCUUGGCAUUCUCUCAACCAGCUUCAUGAGGUAGUCACCUGGAAUACAUUUCAAUUAACAGGUGUGCCUUGUUAAAAGUUAAUUUGUGGACAAGGUAGGGUUGGUAUACAGAAGAUAGUCCUAUUUGGUAAAAGACCAAGUCCAUAUUAUGGCAAGAACAGCUCAAAUAUGCAAAGAGUAAUGACAGUCCAUCAUUACUUUAAGACAUGAAGGUCAGUCAAUCCGGAAAAUUUCAAGACAUUUGGAAGUUUCUUCAAGUGCAGUCGCAAAAACCAUCAAGCGCUAUGAUGAAACUGGCUUAUGAUUCCGCCACAGGAAUGGAAGACCGAGUUACCUCUGAUGCAGAGGAUAAGUUCAUUAGAGUUACCAGCCUCAGAAAUUGCAGCCUAAAUAAAUGCUUCACAGAGUUCAAGUAACAGACACAUCUCAACAUCAACUGUUCAGAGGAGACUGUGAAUCAGGCCUUCAUGGUCGAAUUGCUACAAAGAAACCACUACUAAAGGACACCAAUAAGAAGAAGAGACUUGCUUGGGCCAAGAAACACGAGCAAUGGACAUUAGACCGGUUGAAAUAAAGCAUGGAGGAGGAGGUGUUAUGGUGUGGGGGUGCUUUGCUGGUGACACUAUCUGUGAUUGAUUUACAAUUCAAGGCACACUUAACCAGCAUGGCUACCACAGCAUUCUGCAACGAUACGCCAUCCCAUCUGGUUUGGGCUUAGUGGGACUAUCAUUUGUUUUCAACAGGACAAUGACCCAACACACCUCCAGGCUGUGUAAGGGCUAUUUUACCAAGGAGAGUGAUGGAGUGCUGCAUAUGUGGGAACUCUUUCAAGACUGUUGGAAAAGCAAUACCGGUGAAGCUGGUUGAGAGAAUGCCAAGAGAGUGCGAAGCUGUCAUCAAGGCAAAGGUGGCUACUUUGAAGAAACUCAAAUAUAAAAUAUAUUUUGAUUUGUUUAACACUUUUUUGGUUACUACAUGAUUCCGUAUGUGUUAUUUCAUAGUUUUGAUGUCUAAACUACCAUUGUACAAUGUAUAAAAUAGUAAAAAUAAAGGAAAACCCUUGAAUGAGUAGGUGUGUCCAAACUUUUGACGUGUGUGUGUGUAUAUAGAUAGAUAUAUACACACACACACACAGUUGAAGUCGGAAGUUUACAUACUUAGGUUGGAGUCAUUAAAAUUAGUUUUUCAACCACUGCACAAAUUUAUUUUUAACAAACUGUAGUUUUGGCAAGUCUGUUAGGACAUCUACUUUGUGCAUGACACAAGUAAUUUUUCCAACAAUUGUUUACAGACAGAUUAUUUCACUUAUAAUUCACUGUAUCACAAUUCCAGUGGGUCAGAAGUUUACAUACACUAAGUUGACUGUGCCUUUAAACAGCUUGGAAAAUUCCAGAAAAUGAUGUCAUGGCUUUAGAAGCUUCUGAUAGGCUAAUUAACAUCAUUUGAGUCAAUUGGAGGUGUACCUGUGGAUGUGUUUCAAGGCCUACCUUCAAACUGAGUGCAUCUUUGCUUAACAUCAUGGGAAAAUCCAAAUAAAUCAGCCAAGACCGCAGAAAAAAAUUGUAGACCUCCACAAGUGUGGUUCAUCCUUGGGAGCAAUUUCCAAACGCCUGAAGGUACCACGUUCAUCUGUACAAACAAUAGUACGCAAGUAUAAACCCCAUGGGACCACGCAGCUGUCAUACUGCUCAGGAAGGAGAUGCGUUCUGUCACCUAGAGAUGAAUGUACUUUGGUGCGAAAAGUGCAAAUCAAUCCCAGAACAACAGCAAAGGACUUGUGAAGAUGCUGGAGGAAACAGGUACAAAAGUAUCUAUAUCCACAGUAAAACAAGUCCUAUAUCGAGAUAACCUGAAUGGUCGCUCAGCAAGGAAGAAGCCACUGCUCCAAAACCGCCAUAAAAAAGCCAGACUACGGUUUGCAACUGCACAUGGCGACAAAGAUCGUACUUUUUGGAGAAAUGUCCUCUGGUCUGAUGAAACAUAAUUGGCCAUAAUGACUAUUGUUAUGUUUGGAGGAAAAAGGGGGUGCUUGCAAGCUGAAGAACACCAUCCCAACCGUGAAGCACGGGGGUGGGAGCAUCAUGCUGUGUGGGUGCUUUGCUGCAGGAGGGACUGGUGCACUUCACAAAAUAGAUGGCAUCAUGAGGAAGGAAAAGUAUGUGGAUAUAUUGAAGCAACAUCUCAACACAUCAGUCAGGAAGUUAAAGCUUGGUCGCAAAUGGGUCUUCCAAAUGGACAAUGACCCCAAGCAUACUUCCAAAGUUGUGGCAAAAUGGCUUAAGGACAACAAAGUCAAGGUAUUGGAGUGGCCAUCACAGUCAACUUAGUGUAUGUAAACUUCUGACCCACUGGAAUUGUGAUACAGUGAAUUAUAAGUGAAAUCAUCUGUCUGUAAACAAUUGUUGGAAAUAUUACUUGUGUCAUGCACAAAGUAGAUGUCCUAACCGACUUGCCAAAAUGUAUAGUUUGUUAACAAGAAAUGUAUGGAGUGGUUGGAAAACCACACUACAGGCUGAUCCAACUUUGAUGUAAUGUCCUUAAAACAAGUUAAAAUGAGGCUCAAUAGUGUGUUUGGCCUCCACGUGCCUGUAUGACCUCCCUACAACGCCUGGGCAUGCUCCUGAUGAGGUGGCGGAUGGUCUCCUGAGGGAUCUCCUUCCAGACCUGGACUAAAGCAUCCGCCAACUCCUGGACAGUCUGUGGUGCAACGUGGCGUUGGUGGAUGGAGCGAGACAUGAUGUCCCAGAUGUGCUCAAUUGGAUUCAGGUCUGGGGAACGGGCGGGCCAGUCCAUAGCAUCAAUGCCUUCCUCUUGCAGGAACUGCUGACACACUCCAGCCACAUGAGGUCUAGCAUUGUCUUGCAUUAGGAGGAACCCAGGGCCAACCGCACCAGCAUAUGGUCUCACAAGGGGUCUGAGGAUCUCAUCUCGGUACCUAAUGGCAGUCAGGCUACCUCUGGCGAGCACAUGGAGGGCUGUGCGGCCCCCCCCAAAGAAAUGCCACCCCACACCAUGACUGACCCACCGCCAAACCGGUCAUGCUGGAGGAUUUUGCAGGCAGCAGAACGUUCUCCACGGCGUCUCCAGACUCUGUCACGUCUGUCACAUGUGCUCAGUGUGAACCUGCUUUUAUCUGUGAAGAGCACAGGGCGCCAGUGGCGAAUUUGCCAAUCUUGGUGUUCUCUGGCAAAUGCCAAACGUCCUGCACGGUGUUGGCCUGUAAGCACAACCCCCACCUGUGGACGUCUGGCCCUCAUACCACCCUCAUGAAGUCUGUUUCUGACCGUUUGAGCAGACACAUGCACAUUUGUGGCCUGCUGGAGGUCAUUUUGCAGGGCUCUGGCAGUGCUCCUCCUGCUCCUCCUUGCACAAAGGCGGAGGUAGCAGUCCUGCUGCUGGGUUGUUGCCCUCCUACGGCCUCCUCCACGUCUCCUGAUGUACUGGCCUGUCUCCUGGUAGCGCCUCCAUGCUCUGGACACUACGCUGACAGACACAGCAAACCUUCUUGCCACAGCUCGCAUUGAUAUGCCAUCCUGGAUGAGCUGCACUACCUGAGCCACUUGUGUGGGUUGUAGACUCCGUCUCAUGCUACCACUAGAAUGAAAGCACCGCCAGCAUUCAAAAGUGACCAAAACAUCAGCCAGGAAGCAUAGGAACUGGGAAGUGGUCUGUGGUCACCACUUGCAAAACCAGUCCUUUAUUGGGGGUGUCUUGCUAAUUGCCUAUAAUUUCCACCUGUUGUCUAUUCCAUUUGCACAACAGCAUGUGAAAUUUAUUGUCAAUCAGUGUUGCUUCCUAAGUGGACAGUUUGAUUUCACAGAAGUGUGAAUGACUUGGAGUUACAUUGUGUUGUUUAAGUGUUCCCUUUUAUUUUUUUGAGCAGUGUAUAUAUGGGGCAUACAACAAUCUCAGCUCUGUAGAUUUUGUUUUGAAGAGACAAUCACUAUAUCAUUUAAUAUGGUAUUGCCCCUAUGUAGCUUGGUUCAGGAAUGGUUAAACAAUCACAACAUUCAAUUACAAUUAAACUUACAAAUAGCAGUGUUGGGCGAUUUGGAAAGCCAUAGUCAGUCAAUAAAUAAUAUAAUAAUACUCAUAGGAAAGGUUUUCAUCUUUAGCUCACAAUCUGUGGAUACUAUGCGAUUAGAAAGGUUCCAAAUGUAUGUAAAACAGUACAAUAUGGCACAUGGAAACAAAACGAGGUCUGUGGUGAUAGGUGGGAUGGGCUGAGAGUGGCUGAGGGGUGGGAUUAAAGAGUUUAUGUUCGGUAAUGUAUUAUGUGAUUGCUGUAUAUAAAGUACCAUGUAUGUAAAAUGUAUAUGUAGCAGAAAAGCUUUUAAAAAACUAAAAAGAUGUCUCCUCCGAAAAAUAGACUCUUCCUAGAGCUGGCCCGCCCGGCCAAACUGGGCAAUCUGGGAGAUGGGCCUUGGUCAGGGAGGUGACCAAGAACCCGAUGGUCACGCUGACAGAGCUCUAGAGUUCCUCUGUGGAGAUGGGAGAACCUUCCAGAAGGACAACCAUCUCUGCAGCACUCCACCAAUCAGGCCUUUAUGGUAGAGUGGCCAGACGGAAGCCGCCACUCAGUAAAAGGCACAUGACAGCCCGCUUGGAGUUUGCCAAAAGGCACCUAAAGGACUCUCAGACCAUGACAAACAAGAUUCUCUGGUCUGAUGAAACCAAGAUUGAACUCUUUGGCCUUAAUGCCAAGCGUCAAGUCUGGAAUAAACCUUGCACCAUCUCUACGGUGAGGCAUGGUGGUGGCAGCAUCAUGCUGUGGGGAUGUUUUUCAGUGGCAGGGACUGGGAGACUAGUCAGGAUUGUGGGAAAGAUUAAUGGAGCGAAGUACAGAGAUCCUUGAUGAAAGCCUGCUCCAGAGCGCUUAGGACCUCAGACUGGGGCGAAGGUUAACCUUCCAACAGGACAACGACCCUAAGCACACAGCCAAGACAAAACAGGAGUGCUUCAGGACAAGUCUCUGAAUGUCAUAAAACACUUAAGUUUAAAGUUUUAUUUUUACACAUUCUCGUCUCUCCUCAGCUGGAACAAGCUGACUGACCGCUUCUUCAAAACGUCUCCCUGGCCAGAGGCUGAGGCCAUCGCUUCCCUCGUUGGAAACGGUGAGUGCGUCAGUCUACUGCUGUUUCUCCUUCCAGUUUGGGCAGAAGCCUGUUCAGAUGAUUGUGGACAUAGUAGUGGUGGUAGUUAGUAAUAGCAAGUAGAAUACAUUAAUAUCCCUCCGGGAUUAAUUGGUUUUGCAGCAGAAUCAUAUCCAAAAACAACAGACAAGAUGUAGGCACAAAAUAACAUGGACCACACAUUUAUUGCACAUAGUUGCUGGAGUGAAAUAAGUGAAAGUUGUUAAAGUGUAAAAUGCUAGGUAGUGUGGAGUGCAGUAGUAACAUGUAUCUAUUUCAAAAAUGCUAUGGUAGCAGAAGUGAAUGAAUGGUUUUAUUUGUUGUUUUUGCAACGGUGGACAGAGAAAUGUGGACCUGAUGGUAGGAGUUUAAACUGUAAACAGGGUGUCUAGUGUCCUUUAGGGUGUUCUCUGCUUUCUUUUAGAGCCAUUUGCUUAUAGGGUGGAGACCAUGUGGUUCACAAACUAGUUUGCUGCCUCUGUAGAAUAUUCUUGUUGUUGCUGUUCUCUCUUGACAAUGAAGUGGGAAGAAUGCGCAGGUUGACGUUUGUCAUUAGUCUUGCCUUGGAGGCAGAACUAAGCGAUUUCCGCUAGAUGGGCUAGCUGCAAAGUCAAAAUUGUCUAUAUUGUAGAAAUUUGCUAUUUGGUCUUAAUUUAGGAUUAGGCAUUAGGGUUAGCAGUGUGGUUAGGGUUAAAAUCAGAUUUUACGAUUUUUGUAGCUGUGCCAGCUAUUGACCACUGCAGAGCUGCCUCCAGGCCAAGAUUCAUUACAAUAAAUGCCAACAAGCAAAGAAUGUUGUGCCAUUAAUUAUUCUUUCUUGUUGCGCUUGCUCACUCUCUCUGUUGGCCCAUUCAGACGCUGUGUUCCUGAUCCUGUAUAAGGAGUUGUACUACAGACACAUCUAUGCUAAAGUCAGCGUGAGUAUCUAUCCUUCUUGCCACAGAACCAUUGUUUAACCCCUAUCAGCUUUAAAAUAUAAAUCUUACAUCUCCUGUCCUGGAUGGAAUCAAUCCAAUGGGUUUACAGUGCACAGAACUAUAAUAAUGUCACUACUUGGAGGACUUUUUACUUAAAUAAUGCUUUUAUGUUUUCUUUGACCAUCAGGGAGGACCAACUCUCGACCAGAGAUUUGAGUCUUACUACAAUUACUGCAACCUCUUCAACUACAUUCUAAGUAAGUCUGAGUACUAAAUAUCUGUUGCCUUAAUAUAUUUUCAUAAUAGUGUAUUACAUUGGACGUUUUCAAUACCUCACUAAGCAGGUAUAUAUUGUUGUAUACAGAUGCAGAUGGACCCGCCCCCUUGGAGCUGCCCAACCAGUGGCUCUGGGACAUUAUUGAUGAAUUCAUUUAUCAGGUAAAUUAACAUAGUUUGAUAUGUUGCUUGUGUAUUUUAGUUUUUCAUCAUAAUCUAUGGCAUUCAUUUGGUACCCCUCUGUCUUGAAGCUGCUAUGGUACAUGGAAUUGUGACUGCAUUUGAAUAAGAAGUAAACAAGUUCACUCUUGUUCCCCUAAACAGUUCCAGUCGUUCAGCCAGUAUCGCUGCAAGACAGCCAAGAAGUCUGAGGAGGAGAUUGAGUUCCUGAGGAACAACCCCAAGAUCUGGAAUGUCCAUAGUGUUCUAAAUGUGCUCCACUCGCUGGUGGACAAGAGCAACAUCAACCGCCAGCUGGAGGUCUACACCAGUGGAGGUAAAGAAAGAUGUAGAUGCAUUGUAUCUGUAUUGAUAUAUGAUGACAUAUCAUUCAUUAUACGAUAUAUAAUUUGUAGCUAAAUAUUUUGACAUAGAAUAAAGAUAUCGUUUUUGUAUCACUAUAUUGUUAAAAAGUAUAAUACAUCGCUUAUCUAUAUAAUGUUACAAAGAUAUAUCAGUAAUACAGAGCGUUAUCUUACACCACAGAUUACCCUCACAUUCUUAUCAGUGAUCAAUACUGAAUGGUUGAGGCAGUCCAUGGUUACUGUGCGACAGCUCUAACAGUUUGUGUUGCAGGUGAUCCGGAGAGUGUGGCUGGGGAGUAUGGCCGUCACUCCCUGUAUAAGAUGCUGGGAUACUUCAGCCUGGUGGGGCUGCUGAGGCUACAUUCUCUGCUGGGGGACUACUACCAGGCCAUCAAAGUCCUGGAGAACAUCGAGCUCAACAAGAAGGUACACUAGCCACUGUGUAGUAGUACUGUCGAUGUGCAUACAGUACAGCUGAAGAUAUCUCCAAAUCGAAUCAAAUUUGAUUAGUCACGUACACAUAUUAUGCAGAUGUUAUCGUGGGUGUAGCGAAAUGCUUACGUUCCUAGCUCCAACAGUGCAGUAAUACCUAACAAUAGGAAAGGAAUUAAGAAAUGUAGAAACAUUCAAACGAGCAAUGUCAGAGUCCGGAAAAUAAAUAUAUAUGUAUGUGAUGGUGUGUAUUAUGGACAGUAUAUGAAUAGAAAAGGUGUGUACAGCAGUAGUUAUAUAGGAUGAGCCUUAACUAGAAUACAGAUAUAUACAUAUGAAGCAGGGUUUCCAUUAGGAAAAUGUGGCACCGGAUAACGUGACCGGGAAGAUUUUAAUUUACCGGACCCAUAUGCACCCAUUAGGGCGUCCACCCACGGUGCUCAGAAUGACACAAAUCUCAUUUAGAUUAUGGUAAUGCAUUUUAACAGAACAUGCAACUCAUGUAAUGAAGCAGCCAAUAAAACCUAAUUUUCGAACAUUUGCCAAAAUACAAUUAGUCGGAAAACACCAUUCUAAAAAGCACACCUGGGAAAACGCUAUUCUAAACAGCACACCUGAUAGCAGUUCCAUAUGCGACUGUGGUGAUAUGAAAACGAAUAGAACAGGACAGAAAUGGCAUAGCUGUGGGUCCAAUAAGGAAAUAAAUGGAAAUACAUUUGCCAAUAUUAUAUAAUUCUCCUGUCUAUACAGAAAUGAAUAAAAUCAUUCAAAAUACUUCGCCAGAAAACAUGACUUAGCCACAGAGGAAUCGAGGCUCAUUAUCUUAUUUUUGUUGUUGCUGUGGAUUGUUUCAAAUCACAAGCUCGUAGGCCUACACCUAUUUGGAAAGCCCGAAUUAUUGAGUUGUGGCUGUCAGUGAAAAGCAUCUAAAAUAUGUGUGAAGAUAAUGUCUUGGGUAUAAUUUUAAAUGUUGAGACAAGAAGGGCAAUGGUGCUAGGCGAAUUCUCUCCAGAAUGGCACAGCUGUCUCGGCCAAUUAUUGCACAUUCAUUGUGUGAAUUGUUUGCCCUUUGAUAAAUAAAUAAUAAUCUAUUCCCCACUGUAUGUCACCAGUAGUAAAUGUACUGUUAAUCCCCGUAAUUUGGUUAUAUUAAUUUCUGUUAAUGCAUGUAUUAAUUACAAGUAAUUUACCGUUCUCAUUCUUGGAGUGGAAAUGUUGUUUGCAGAGUUCACAACCUGCUACAGUUGUGAGAAACAAGUUUUGGUUUAUUUCAUAACCAUCAUUUACGAGAUUUGUUAAAUUCAUUUUGUCUUUUGUUUGGAGUACUCCAUGUGAGCAAUGAGCAUGUGUCUGGUUUCUCUGUCCUGAUGAGCACGCAUAGAAGUACCUUGCCUGUUGCAGGGAAAUGUAGGAAAGUGUUUUUUUAACAUCCAUUGCGAAUGAUAAUAUAUUAAAACUCUAGUUCCUCACAGUAAGCUAUUUAAAAAAUAUUUUCAACAAUCUCCCCCUCGAUAAUCACCACUCCUUGGUGUGAAAGAGCAAUGGAAGUUAUAGGCCUGCUGCUGCAUUUGGCUAUGAGUUCUAUAGGCUAUGAGUUCCGCGCGCUCAUUUCUUUAGCCGCCAAUGGAUCACGGUGUAUCAAUGUGUCAAUAUGGCAGAGGCUGGUCAUCUUGAAUUAGUUUACUUUUAGAUUUUUAUCAUUCUAAUUCAAAUUUUUAUGAUUAACCACGUGACAAUGAUUUUGAGAAAUGAAAACAUUAUUAUUGAAAUGAAACUGUUCCAUGAAAAUGCGCAUGUGAAAAUCAUAACUUGCACGCAGAACGGUAGAAAUGGUAGGAUAAAUUAUCAACUUCCCCAAACUUGAAACUCACGUGCCGCCUAUGAAGUCUAUAUAAAAUAAUUGCCUCCACGUUUCCAUGGACCGAUUUUGUCUAUAGGCUACUUUGAAGCAAGGUAAGACAUGCCUCAUAAUAUGAAAUAAAACAUUCAGGUUUCAAAUAAUAAAGUAUGUUUUCUAAAUGCAUACUGCCUCCAGCUCACAUUGUAAAGUGGUGGGACUGUCAAAUGUAUUUCCAUCGACUGGUAUUUCCAUCAAUGAGUAAAAAGCACUAUUUUACCAUGUUUUUUUUCCCUCCCUGUCAUUUUGGCCGGCAACAGUUUUAUUUACCGGCUUUUCAUUUUUAUUAUCGAAUUGCCGGCUAAUGGGAACCCUAAUAUGAAGUGGGUAAAACAGUAUGUAAACAUUAUUAAAGUGACCAGUGUUCAAUGACUAUGUACAUAGGGCAGCAGUCUCUAGCGUGCAGGGUUGGGUACCGGGUGGUAACCGGCUAGUAAUGGCUACUAAAGUUCAGGACAGGGUACUGGUCAUAGGUCGGCUAGUAGUGACUAUUUAACAGUCUGAUGGCCUGGAGAUAGAAGCUGUUUUUCAGUCUCUCGGUCCCAGCUUUGAUGCACCUGUACUGUCUCCAUAUCUAUCCCCAAAUGCCCACUCUCUGAUAUUUACAGACCUACGAAUUAAGGAGUGGGCCUUAACUGUUGAUACCCCUCUAUCUAUAUUUCUACUCCAUAUUUCUCUCUCCAAUGUAUUCCCUACUGUUGUAACCCAGUCACUUCCCUCUACUUUGUAUUUACUCUCUCUUACAGAGUAUGUACUCUCGUGUGCCCGAGUGCCAGAUCACCACCUACUACUACGUGGGCUUUGCCUACCUGAUGAUGAGGAGGUACCAGGACGCCAUCCGUGUCUUCGCCAACAUCCUACUCUACAUCCAGAGGACCAGGAACAUGUUCCAGAGGUCCACCUAUAAAUAUGAGAUGGUCAGUAGCAAUGUUCGUGUGCAUGCGGCCACGCAGCACCUUCAGGACUGCCGCACAGAAGAAUUGCCAGCCCGCGCAGAGAUGUUGACUAUGCACAUUUGUUGAUGAUGAUAGCGAAUUAUUAGCCAAGUUAUAGCUAUUUUUUGGUCAGCCAUGGGGGAGUGAUUGCUUCCAACAAGGGAACAAAACCUGUACAUUUCUAGCCAUCUUUGAAAAGUAAGUUGGGCAAAAAGCUUUUUUUUUUGUCUUAAAGGGGUAGUUUUUAGAUGAUUUUAUUUUGUAAAGUGGUUUCUUGCAUCAUAAAAUUGGUGUUAACAGACCAUUUUCUAUUUUUAGACAAGUGACUUGAGCUUUCAGACAAUUAAAAAGAAAAACGGUUAAUGUCAAGCCCUGCGUAAGGUUUUUACAUCUAAUGGAAUAGGCCAACAUUGAACACCAUAUAGGCUGAAAUCAAUAGUUAUUUCCAUAUGACAAUGUUAUGGGAUGCAUUUGAUCCAUUGUUUUUGUUAGUAGGCCACUGAUAGCCUCAGUAGCUUACUUGGCCAAUGUCUAAAACUGUGACUUGAAGCGGGUACAGCCUUAGUGUUCACAGUAAAUGCACACAGGAAGUUGCACAGAAUGCUCACAAUGUUCAAGUUUCCACUCACAAGACAUUACACUUUCUCAGUGAUAGAAAAAAAUGUAGGGAAUAUUGGUCAGUGGGCCUAACCUGUGAUGACUACGAUAGCUAUAUUACUGAUUGUUAUGAUUGACAUCUCCCUCAGAGCUGGGUCAUGUUUAGUAGGGCACAUAAUGGAAAACAUUUAAAAAUGAACAUGACCCUGGUGAUCAGUUGAGUCACUACUUAUUCCUGCUCCUCCAGAUCAGCAAGCAGAACGAGCAGAUGCACGGGCUGCUGGCCAUAGCCCUGACCAUGUACCCCAUGCGCAUCGACGAAAGCAUCCACACCCAGCUUAGGGAGAAGUACGGAGACAAGAUGCUUCGCAUGCAGAAGGGGUGAGCGAGAGAGGUCUACACUUAAUACCACACUGUGGGAACCAGGGGAUAGAGGGAGUUAUAGGCCCAACCUCUAGGCCCAAUGUGGAGAUCUGACAGACAGGAUUUGAUUGGUCUAAGCAAUAUAGUGAAACUUCCUCCUGGCUUAUCAGAGGGCAAGGUGGAGCUAUUACCAUAUUGCUUACUUGCACCUGUCAAAUCCACUUAGAUCUCACAAAGGUGCAUAGGGCGUAAGGGUCUAGAGUUUGAUUUGGAAUUGGGCCAUAGGUGUUUGAAACUUGACUGACAUGACUGUGUGACCUCAGAGACCUGCAGGUGUUUGAGGAGCUUUUCAGCUUUGCCUGUCCCAAGUUCCUGUCCCCGGUGGUGCCCAACUACGAUAAUGUGCACCCCAACUACCACAAGGAGCCCUUCCAGCAGCAGCUCAAGGUGUUCACCGAAGAGGUGCAGCAACAGGCCCAGCUCUCUACCAUCCGCAGGUAACGAGUUAUCUCUGUGAGAGUCAGGUGAGCUGCUACAGUCGGUCAAGUUCAGCACCUCCCUGUUUAACUCAGUUUCAAAAUAUUUAUCCAUUGCUCUCGAACAUGGUUCCUUGGUUUCCCCCUCAAAUCUCACCCUGCUCCAUCUCUCUGCUGUCCAGUUUCCUGAAGCUCUACACCACCAUGCCUGUGGCCAAGCUGGCAGGCUUCCUGGACAUGACGGAGCAGGAGUUCCGCAUCCAGCUGCUGGUCUUCAAACACAAGAUGAAGAACCUGGUGUGGACCAGCGGCAUCUCUGCCUUGGACGGAGAGUUCCAGUCCGCCUCCGAGGUCGACUUCUACAUCGACAAGGUGUGUGUGUGAGACAUGUCGUUACACAGAGCCUACUCACCUCAUUUUAGAUGCUGUUAACAAUAUGGAAUUAACUCUUUAUAAGUAAUGUAGUUAAAUAACCUGUAUUCCCUGUCUGUUAUGUGCCUGCAGGACAUGAUCCACAUCGCAGACACCAAGGUGGCCCGCCGCUAUGGCGAUUUCUUCAUCAGACAGAUCCACAAGUUUGAGGAGGUGAAAAAUUAUACAUUUUCAAAUUAUUUUACGGCAGUAUUUCCAGGUAGCAACAGUUUUUGUUUACCUUUAUCAUAAUAUUUCUGUUACAUUGCAGACAUUUGCUUCUGUAUUUAAUGAUUAUGUAUAUUUUAAGUCCUAGAAUAGAAAAAUUAAAGGCUCCUAUCUGCUAUUGGAUUUGGUUUAUUCCUGUAAUAAAUAAAUAAAAUGUAGUCAGUUUCUACUUGUGUGUUAUUCGCCAUGCAGUUGAACAGAACGCUGAAGAAGAUGGCUAUGAGUGGAGCCAGCAGCACUGCCACAGCCGCCGCCACCACAACCACCAGGGCCACAUGAGUCGGAUCUGACUUACAGCCGCAACAUCUGCUCUACCUGGCUCUCUAUUCCUUGGCUCUGUUGAUCCUCCAACAAACGAUCGAUAUUGCUUUUUUCUAUGUAGUUUGAAAACAAUAAAGGAGGAGGUGGUGUUCUAAAAGCCAUGUCCUGUUGGUGUUUUGUUGGGGUGCACAUGGAGUCAUCGUGAUAAUUUAUAUUAUCAAACAGGUUGUACUGUGAUUUUAGUACCUUUCACAAACAGUACAGUAGUUAAUCAGCUAAAUCAGAACCACUAGACUAGAUGGCAACAUUUAGUUACCAAUAUCAGCCAUGUAUACAUUACUCUCUACCUUAAAAGCGCCACGAGUUAGUGAUAGGACUUCAGAGUUUUGUAUUAUAAUUUAUUUCAACUGCUAUGAGAUUAGAUAUUAAUUUACACGGAACAAAAAUAUAAACACAAAGUGUAUAAUGUUGGUCCCAUUUUUCAUGAGCUGAAAUAAAUUAUCCCAGAAAUGUUCCAUACGCACGAAAAGCUUAUUUCUCUC